AUGAGAAAUUCGAUGAUAGCCGAAAACAACACUUACAAAAUUACAUGCACAUUUAAGCUACCGGACCUAAGCUCCGCCCACUUGAAUUUUCUGCCUAUAAUUGGACAAUUUAGUGAUAGUUGGGGUCGAUCGAAUCUUCCGAAUUGUCUACUCACUUGGGAUAAAUACACAGAGCUGAACACUAUCUUCACUUCUGAAUACUCUACAGAUGAAUCGAUUCGCUUUGGAUUGAGAUUAAUGUCCACUUUCGUCUAUGCUGAAAGAUAUAGACCAGAAAAUUAUUGGAAUUGGAUGAGAGAAAUGUCGGAAGGUGUUCGAAAUAAUCAGAAGUGGACGAAGAAUACAAGAGAGUCAGCAUCAGAUGUUCUGUAUGAAAUCGUAAUGAGCGAUACUAGAUGGAAUUCUUACUAA